AUGUCUGUCGAGAUGUCAAACAAGCAGUGUCGUCGUCCUCCAACCAUGUCGCUAGAGUACGCUCGCUAUCAACCGACAACACCCCCGGAGCACCCGCUUGAGGAAUGCAUCGGCUCAGCUCAUAGCCGCAAUGCUUCCAAUUCAUCCAUUUAUUCAAGCGAAUCUUCACCUUGGUCUACUAUUACUGGCAGCACAAGUCCUACUACAUCACCAACUCGUCAUCAUCACGGCCCGGCACUUUUGCCGAAGAUUCGGCCUCAAGACGUGGUGAUCGAGCCUGUCUCUGCAGGUUCCAAUAACCAAGCUCCCUUAGCUUCUCCUAUCUCCCCAAUCAUUACUACUGGCCAUGGGAGCUCUUCCGCCUUAUCGUCUCCAGUGACAAUUACUUCUUCAAAUAAGCGAAGAGCUAGUGGAGGGCAUGCUCGAUCUGUCUCUACCUCCAGCAUCGAUGAAGCUACGCUGAGCCGUUAUGGCUAUCCCACUUAUCGCCAACUUCCCACGUUUGUACCGCAGAUGCAGUCUCAGACGACCCCAUGCACUCCAUGCACGCCGGUGACUCCUGUAACACCGAAUAUUGUUGUGUAUUCAGCAUAUUGUCAGGGUACACCAAAGCCUGAAAAACCUCAGCGGAGCCCUGUGCGCCCACUUCAUCCAUUGACGGUUCCAACACCGCAGUACGACUAUAAGCAGACUUCUUCAGCCCAGCAAUCUCCGAAACCCCUACCUAGUCCUCAGCAGGAAUUGAUUUCGCCCUCAACAAGCCUCAUGUCAUACCUGACUUCUCCUACUCAAGCAAUCAAUCUUGUUCGCAAUGUGAGCGUUGUCCCAACUCGUGGUAUGCAUGAUUAUUUCUGGUGGGAUAUUCGCAAUCUCCGCAGCUGGACAUCAUUUUCAAUGGCUACAUUCGAUUCAAUUCACGGACUCACCCAGCUUUUAAAGACGGAAAUCCCGGCAAAUCUUGCUCCCCCGGUUGCAGUAGCCCCGUCGCGCCUGGCGCCUGAGUCUGAACCUGGUCUUGUUAGCCUUAUUCGCGACUUAUAUGCGCCACGCGUUAAUGCUGCCCUAAAAGUCUCCCAGGGCCCAGACCACCUCCAAUUGUACGCAGCGCCAGAUAUGAGACAUACUGGCCACAAGAACCACGGCCAUCCUCAUUUUCUGGCAAACUAUGCCAAUGAUACAGAUCACACAGGCGCCGGUCUCCCCCGCGGACGACUUGUUGGUAUUGUCAAAAGCUUCGACCGUUGGAACACGGGAAUGCGCAACGAGGCACCCCACCGUCGUGUCGAGUACUUGAACGGUCUAGCCCAUUUACAGAGGUGCAUGCGCGAGCACUCCUGUCGAUACGGCUUCAUAAUCACCGAAAUAGAACUCGUCUGCGUCCGCGCAGGCUGCGACAUGGGCGGCGACAUUCCAUACUUCGGCUUCCUCGAAAUAGCCGCUUCAAUCCCACUCAAAACCGCAGCUACACAGCAGCAACACGCACGCGAAGCACCAUCCCUAGCAACACCCAUCAGCGCACGAUCAUUCUCAUCCUCCUCUCAUGUAUCAUCGAUUAACUCCCGCCAGCAAUCUCCCGAGCCGGAGUUCGAUGAUGGAUACUCCUCAACGCCCAUGACGGCGAGCUUGGCAUUAUACUUCCUGCUCAUGCUGUCAAAAUCCCAACCGCUCCCCGACCAACCAUCUGCCCACCUCAACGUCGGUGGACCGGGAGCUCUGACACGGCAGAUUAUCUUGCCCGAAGCAAAAGAUAAAUGGAUUCCCGAGCCUCAAAUCGGUGAGCGUCGCGAUGCUAAACGCGUGCGUGGAUGGGUCUGGCCUCAGGAUGCUUGGCAUCGUCGAGAGGGUGGUGGUGUUUCUCGACCGAGGAAUGCCGAUGGUAAGAAGAAAUGGCAUAAAUAG